GGGCUUACUCUCAAUUUUGCGCAAAUUGAAAAGUGCACCAGACCAGGAGGUGAGAAUCCUUCUCCUGGGCUUGGAUAAUGCUGGCAAGACCACUCUUCUGAAGCAGCUGGCAUCUGAAGACAUCAGCCACAUCACACCUACACAGGGUUUUAACAUCAAAAGUGUACAAUCACAAGGUUUUAAACUGAAUGUAUGGGACAUUGGUGGACAGAGGAAAAUCAGACCAUACUGGAGGAAUUAUUUUGAAAACACUGAUAUUCUCAUAUAUGUAAUUGACAGCGCAGACAGAAAAAGAUUUGAAGAGACGGGUCAGGAACUAGCUGAAUUACUGGAGGAAGAAAAGCUAAGUUGUGUUCCAGUGCUUAUCUUUGCUAAUAAGCAGGAUCUGCUCACAGCAGCCCCUGCCUCUGAAAUCGCAGAAGGACUGAACCUGCACACCAUCCGCGACCGAGUCUGGCAGAUCCAGUCCUGCUCAGCCCUCACGGGAGAGGGCGUUCAGGACGGCAUGAACUGGGUCUGCAAAAAUGUCAAUGCAAAGAAGAAAUAA